AUGAACACUGCCAUUGGGUGCAGGGCCUUCAGGGGGGGAGUUUUGGGGGAGUUUGUGGGUGUCUACAGAUCCCCCUUACCUGUCCUCCUGCAGUGUGUGGUCGGAGGAGCAGCAGUAGUGGUGGUGCAGACUGACAAAGCUGUGCACGGUUUGACUGGAGGGCAACACGGAGCCAUGACCCAGGCUCCCAGAGGAGGAGAGGAGUGUGGGGGACCCCGAGAGAGACCGCGGCCGCACACUGACCGGAAGCAAGCAAAAGCACACACAACACAACAUGUACAGACACAGACAGACCAUAGACAGCGGGUGAAGCAGGAGUGA